AUGUCUUCUCAGUCAAAUAGCAACACAUCGAGCUCCCCAGUAGAGGAUCGAGCGAUAUUCGGGUUUGGGCCUGACCACCGCCUGCCCUAUUCAUGUUCCUACUGCCUCGGAACCCCGAGGAUGGUCAAACAAUGCCGUCCUUGCAACGGCACGGGGCUGAUGUGGGAUCGUGGCUCAGACGACGUGUAUCAACGAAAGGACGAGAUACAGUAUACCCCGGGCGGUUCGUCUCCUGGAAGUUCUUCGCUAUCAUCAUAG